AUGAAAUUGCUGACGGUCAACUUCCUGACCUGCGCCGUCAAAUCCUGCAAGUCUUCCCUCUCCUCGUCCUCAGAACCGCUUUCUGACGAGCUCUCACCCUUCCCACUGCACUUUCGGAACGCAGUCCUAGAACGCACAGAAAUCAACUACAAUCCGCGCUUCAUUCAGAACAUUCUACCGAGAGUCAACUGGGAGGCAAUGAGAAUUACAGCGAAAGAGCUGGGGCUGUUGGGUCUACUUCCCGACAACAACCCUGCGGAUGACCCGGCCUGGAAUACCGAAAAUGACGCGGAAGCCGAUGUCAACAAUGGUGAUGCAGGGGUUGAGGGUGCUGCUGUGGCCGAAGAGCAGGAUGAGCACAUGGAAAUAGACUCGACUCCUCAGAAAGGUGCAGACGUAAAGGAGGAGGACAUAGACAAGAAAGGGAAGGUACUCAGACAGCUACACACUCUUCUCCUGGAGACGAGCGUAUCAGAGGGAAAUUUGGCAUGUGGGAAAUGUGGAUUCGAAUAUCCGAUCAAGGAGGGUGUAGGGAAUUUUCUGCUGCCGGCACAUCUAGUGUGA